AUGAGGCCUUUGGACGAGAACGAAAUGAGUGAAGUUUUCAAGAAACUUAUGUUGUUCACAGGAAACAACCUCAAAAACAUCAUUGAAAACCCAUCACAUGAAGGACCAGAGCCGAACCCAGGUCGGUACUGCUUCAGGCUCCAUAAAAAUAAGGUCUUUUACAUCAGUGAAUCAUUAGUGAAGCGAGCAACAAACAUUGGCCGCAAAAAUUUGGUUUCUUUAGGUACUUGUAUUGGGAAAUUCACUCACAACGGAAAAUUUAGAUUGACUGUUCAGUCACUGAAUUUAUUGGCUGCUAACGCUAAAAAUAAAGUUUGGUUAAAGCCCACUUCAGAGAUGUCUUUUUUGUAUGGGAACCCUGUGUUAAAAGGUGGGUUAGGGAAGAUUACUGAUAGUAUUAAUCAAAAUGAUGGGGUUGUUGUGUUCUCUAUGAGUGAUGUGGCUUUGGGGUUUGGAACGGCUGCCAGGUCGACACAGGAAUGUAGGAAGUGUGAUCCUAAUGGGAUUGUUGUGCACAACUACUCUGAUAUUGGUCAGUAUUUGAGAGAUGAAGAUGAUCUUUGA